AGAACACUAAUGACGUCAUGAGGGGAAAAGUCCACGAGUUUCUCACAUUGAUGUGCAUCAGCCUAGCCAUGGCGCUGAUUCCAGUUGGCUUUAUCUACGUGCUGCUGUCUGAGAGGGCGUGCGGCGCUAAACACCUCCAGGCACUGAGCGGCGUCCACCCGUUCGCCUACUGGUUCGCGACCUUCGCCUUCGACUACAUCUUCUACCUGCUUGUGAGCGGCGCCAUGCUGGGAGUACUCAGCUACAAGUCAGAAGACUUCAUCAAGGGAGACCGCUGGAGGCUCACGCUCAUGAUGUUUGCUGUCUUUGGACUGGCCAUCUUCCCGUAUCUGUACGCCCUACAGAAUUUCUUCCAAAACCCGGCUUAUGGGAUCACAGUCCUUCUCAUCAUGAAUAUAAUCAUCGGAAUGAUCCUGGGCUCUGUGAACGGCGCAACUAAGCUGAGUAAUCAAAACUUGACGGCCCUGUGGCAAAUGGUGGACGACGUGGGUGUCGUCAUCUCGCCCAACUACAUUUUGUCGGGGGCUCUCAUUAGCAUGAUCAAGGGGGAUCAAAAUAUAAGGAUAAAUUUUCAGACAAGAGCUGAAUCGGCUAAACACAACCAAUUCGACUACCUAUUCCAUCGUGAUGAUGAUUAUCUGCGGGACGGCAUGCAGCAACUCUUGAUUCUCACAGCAAUCUCCUGGCUCGUCGUGGCUUUCAUAGACUACAAGCUCUACCGAUUGAUUCUGUACAAGUUAGAGUGCCUGAAUGUCAAGGUAGAAUCGGAUAGCUACAGAUAUAAGGAGGAUGAAGACGUGGCUAAGGAAAGGAAGCGUAUUACAGAAACUAAUGAGCACAAGCUGUUUAAAACAGAUGCGAUGGUGAUGGUGGGUGUGAGCAAGAGAUACUGCAGCAGCAAAACUGUGGCCGUGUACUCGACCAACCUUGGCGUGCAGGAGAAGGAAUGCCUGGGUUUACUGGGGCAGAACGGAGCAGGAAAGACAACCAUGUUCAAAAUGUUGACUGGGGACAUCGCGCUGUCCAAUGGAGACGCUUACUUUAAGGGAGACAGCAUCAAAACCAAGCUGAAAACAGUCCAGUCUAUGAUGAGUUACUGCCCCCAGUUUGACGCCCUCCAUGACGUGUUGACAGGACGAGAGACCCUGUACCUGUACGGCAGGUUGAGGGGGGUGCGUGACUCGUGUCUGAAGGAAGUGACGAAUAUCGUCAUCGACUUUGUCAACCUACGACCUCACGAGGACAAGUGCACUAAAACAUACAGUGGCGGCAACAAGAAAAAGUUAUCAGUGGGGAUCUCCAUCAUCGGCGACCCCCAGUUCAUCAUGCUGGACGAGCCGACCGCUGGCAUGGAUCCAGUGUCCAGGAGAAUUCUCUGGAAAUGUCUGCACACGAUUCGAUCCAUGGCAAAAACUCUAGUGCUGACGUCACACAGCAUGGAGGAAUGUGAAGCGCUAUGCACGAAGAUCGCCAUCUUCAAGAAAGGCCGGAUGCUGUGUCUGGGCAGCCCGCAGCAUCUGAAGAACAAAUACGGCCAGGGCUACUCCGUCGUCCUACACAUAUCAGAGCAAGAGGACGGGACCCUACACCCCCUAGAGCCAGCGGUUAGCUUCGUAUCCCAGGCCUUAGGCGAUGUCAAGGUGUUCAACACACAGCCAGCCUACUGCCACUUGCAGGUACCAGAGUCCACUCUACUCUCCACACUCUUUCAAGUCCUGAUAGAGGCCAAGUCGACAUUUUUUCUUAAACACUUCACAGUUCACCAGCAGAGCUUGGAGCAAGUAUUUUUGUUGUUGAUGAAGGAAGAAGAGUAAGACAAUUAUUUUUGUUGUUGAUGAAGGAAGAAGAGUAAGACAAUUAUUUUUUGUUGUUGAUGAAGGAAGAAGAGUAAGACAAUUAUUUUUGU